AUGUCUUCUCCGAAAAGACGAAAGCUAUCGCCCGCCGCUGAAGGCCAAGAUGAAUCUCCCGAUUCUGAGACUGUAGAGGGUUCUGUUGUCGACUCUACCCCGAAAACCUUUAAAGAUUUAGGUAUCGUUGAUACUCUAGUCGAAGCAUGCCACUCACUUGGCUACAAAAACCCCACACCGAUCCAGGCGCAAUCGAUUCCCCUUGCUCUACAAAAUAGGGACCUCGUUGGACUGGCUGAGACUGGUAGCGGAAAGACAGCUGCAUUUGUCCUACCUAUCCUCCAAGCCCUCCUUGACAAACCUUCACCCUUCUUCGGUCUUAUAUUAGCUCCUACUCGCGAACUUGCAGCCCAAAUCGGCCAAGCGGUAGAUGCUCUCGGCGCCUCCAUAUCAGUAAGAUGCGCCGUCAUCGUUGGUGGCUUGGAUAUGGUCCCACAAUCCAUCGCCUUGUCCAAAAAACCUCACAUUGUUGUGGCCACUCCGGGACGACUGCUGGAUCAUCUCGAAAAGACGAAGGGCUUCAAACUGUCAAAUACGAAAUAUUUGGUUAUCGAUGAGGCCGAUCGACUCUUAGAUAUGGAUUUCGGUCCCAUACUCGACAAACUACUCAAGUUCCUCCCGAGAGAGAGGCGCACGUUUCUCUUCAGCGCUACGAUGUCGUCAAAGGUCGAAAGUCUACAGAGAGCCAGUCUACGAGACCCGCUGCGCGUCAGCAUCAGCAGCAACAAGUAUCAGACUGUCUCAACUUUACAACAAUACUAUGUCUUCAUACCGCAUAUGCACAAGGACGUAUACUUGAUAUUCCUUGUAGCAAGCGAGUUUACCGGACGGUCUACCAUAAUAUUCACACGGACUGUUUACGAAACCCAGAGAGUUGCAAUUUUCCUUCGAUACUUGGGUUUCGGAGCAAUUCCUCUCCACGGUCAAUUAUCACAGUCUGCGCGAUUGGGUGCUUUGAGCAAGUUCAAAUCUGGAUCGCGUGAUAUCCUAGUCGCAACUGACGUUGCCGCACGAGGUUUAGAUAUACCUAAAGUUGAUGUUGUAAUCAACUACGAUUUACCUCAAGAUAGUAAAACAUAUAUUCACCGAGUCGGAAGAACUGCGCGUGCUGGAAAUGCUGGUCAAGCUUUAAGUCUAGUUACGCAGUACGACCUUGAAAUCUACCAGCGGAUUGAGGCAGCUCUAGGUAAGAAAUUAGGAGAGUACGAGACUAGUAAGGAAGAGGUUAUGGUCUUCAAGCGUCGAGUCGAGGAGGCACAACGCCACUCGCGUAAUGAGAUGAAGCAUCUGCUCGAAGACCGGGGUAAUAAGGGUUCAGUCCUGAAAGGUCGCCAUACGGCCAAAGGCUCUGGGAAAAGACGACAUGAUACUAUGGACGCCGAGGAAGGGUAA